CCCAUAAGAAAAAGUAUAUCACCAAACCCUUCCACCCAUCCAAAUCAUGACCGAACAAGCUAAGCUCAAGGUCGGAUACGUCCCUGAGCACUUCUCUACCCCCCUCCUCCUCGCCUCCCGUCAUGGCAUGCUCCCCCCUCACACCCUCCACCCCCAGCCCUCUGGUACGGGCCAAAUGAUCGAAUCCCUCCGUACCGGCGAAAUCGACAUCGCACUCGGUCUCACCGAGGGUUGGGUCGCUGGUCUCGGUGGUGACAAGGAUUGGUACAAGAUUGUCGGAACUUAUGUCCAGUCACCGCUCUGCUGGGCGAUCUCUACCGGAGCGCAGAGUGAGUAUAACUCUGUUGAUGAUUUGAAGGACAGCAAGUUGGGUAUUAGCCGUAUUGGGAGUGGGUCUUAUGUCAUGGCCUACUACUUGGCUGACACCAAGGGAUGGCUCGAGGAGGGCAAGCAACCCUUUGAUUUCCAGAUCCAAAACACCUUCCUCAACCUCCGCAACGGCGUAAACUCCGGCGCCUCUUCCGCCUUCAUGUGGGAAUACUUCACCUCGAAGAAGUACUACGACAACAAGGAGAUCCGUCAAAUCGGGGAAAUCUACACCCCGUGGCCCUCGUGGUUGAUCACGGCUCACACCUCUGUCCUCGCCCGCUCCGACGCUUCCCAGACGCUCAGUGCUCUUCUUGAGGGUAUUAACAAGGGUGUGGAGUACUUUCAUGCGCAUACGGAUGAGGUUGUGGAGUAUAUCUCGACCGAGUUGGAUUACUCGGCAGAGGAUGCGAGGGCUUGGUUGAAGACUGUCGAGUAUCCUCAGGAUGUGAAGAAGGUUGACCAGAAGAUGAUUGAGAGCACUAUCGGCACUUUGCAGAAGGCGGGUGUUAUCAGGGGCGAGCCUCAGGCGGAAGCCAUGGUUCAGAAGCUCUAAAGCUUGUAGGCUUGGAUGAACAGUUGCGCGGUGUCAAGAUAGGAUGGACAAGGUUAUUGUAUCGAUAUAGGAUCAAAAGUACGAAUGUGAAAUAGAAGAUUGUUUCUUGGACCC